AUGGCGGCAGAAGUCCAACUACUACAGCCUCUGAAGCUGCCCAAGGGCCCCUCCAACCUCACGUCCGAGCAGAAAUAUUGGAAUGCCUUCGCCUCGGAGCUGCGCCUGGACCCAUCGCAACAUUCCUCGCCUGUAACUCACAUCUCGAUACCGCCGCCAGCGCCUUCGAACCUCUUGUCCGCGACGCAGGACCUGUUCGCCAUCACUACGGGCUCGCGCGUACAAAUAUUUUCCUCGAAGACGCGCAAAGUGGUCAAGACGAUUUCGCGAUUCAACGUCGACGACAUUGCGCAUUCAGGAAACAUCCGCAGAGAUGGCAGGAUUUUGGUUGCAGGAGGAGACAGUGGCGCUAUCCAGGCGUUCGACGUGAAGAGCAGGGCGAUUCUCAAGACAUGGAAGGAGCACAAGCAGCCCGUCUGGGUCACGGAAUGGCACCCUACGGAGCUCACGAACCUUAUGAGCUGCUCGGAUGACAGGACAGUGCGAUUGUGGGACCUGCCGAGCGACAAGAGUAUGACAACUUUUGAAGGCCACCAGGAUUACGUACGCUGCGGUACUUUCAUGCCUGCUCAGAGCGGGCUACUGGUCUCUGGGAGUUACGAUCAGACGGUCAGGCUGUGGGACUCGAGAGCAGGCGGCAAGGCCGUCAUGGUGUUCAAGCACGCCGCACCCAUCGAAUCAGUCCUCCCCAUGCCCUCGGGAACCGCUGUCCUAGCAUCCAGCGAUAACACAAUCAGCGUCCUCGACAUCGUCGCCGCAAAACCCAUCCACAUUCUGCGCAACCACCAGAAGACUGUGACCGCACUGUCCCUGGCGAACAACGGCGAGCGUCUUCUCAGCGGCGCCCUCGAUGGACACGUCAAAGUCUUUGAAACAACGGGAUGGAACGUUGUGGGAGGGCUAAAAUACCCCUCGCCCAUCCUCUCCCUCGCUGUCGUCCCGUCUCAGAAGGAAGACAAGCACAUCGCCGUAGGCAUGCAAUCCGGACUCCUCAGCAUAAAAACCCACCUCUCUGGCGAGCAGAAGGUGCAAGCCCGCGAGCGCGAGAAGGAAAUGAAGGCGCUCAUAGACGGCAAAAUCGACGAGUACGACAAGACUAAGAAGCGCAAGCGCGGAAAGGGAUGGGAGCAGCGCAUCCGCGGCAAGGACUUUACAGGCGAGAGCGCAGAUAUUGUCAUUGAAGGGAACGCACGAGGGAAGGCAAAUAUGGGGACGCAAUGGGCGCAUGCUCUGCGGUGGGGAGAAUACGCAAAGGCGCUGGAUCUCGUCUUGGACUCAAAGGAUGCCAACGCCCGCCCUCAAUCUCUCUCCCUGUUGACCGCCCUACGCCACCGCUCCGCUCUCCGCACCGCACUCAUCAAUCGCGACGAAGUCACACUGCAACCCAUCCUGCGCUGGCUCAUCAAGAAUAUCUCCGACUACCGCAUCACACGACUAACCACUGACGUCGCUCUUGUAGUGCUGGAUCUGUACGCCGAUCAGCUAGGUCGAAGCGAGGAGAUUGACUCCCUAGUCGACGCGCUGACGAAGAGGGUGGUUGUCACAGUCGAGGCGAGUCAGAUUGCAUGGAGCGUAAGGGGCAUGGUAGACAUGCUUGCUGCGAGUGCGGGGGCCGAGGAGGCCAUCGAGGCGUAG